AUGAGCUUUAUAAAAGGCGCAUCCGCCUUAAUGACCUUGCCGCGUAGCUAUCGCAGGUUGAAGUCACGAUAUGCAAAUUUCGCCAAUAUCUGGAAAAGGAAUUUGCAUCAUUGUGCUCGUCUUUACAAGCUGCGUACUUUUUCGGCCGAUCAAAAGCGAUCUGCGGUCCGCUGGAUGGUCAGGGAAGUCAAUAUCACUACCCUGAUGCAUACGUUUAAUGGCGGAUCCCACUCCGUCGACGAGCAGCUUUUCGCCUCCCUGGCCGUAUCCGAGAAGCUCCAGAUGCCAGGAGGGUACCACAGCGCUUGCCUGAAGAAUCGCGAUCUGAACAAAUUUUUUACGUAUAUUACUAGGCACACUCGAUGGGUCUGGGAGGGUCAUCCGAAUUGCCAUAGACGGCACGAUGUCUGUUUAUAUGGGAUUGAAAAUUUGUAUCAAGCAAGAAAAACUGCUCGCCGCUAUAUUGCACUCAAUAAAUUUAUUGGCUCCUGGGAUUUCGCGGCCACCGUAUGCAUGGCCGAGAGUCUGUAUAACCGGACGCAUUUCGGAGAAGAAGCAUUUGAUGCUAAAUAUAUUGCGAAUCACUCUGGGAAUCGGUACCAGCGCGCCCGGCGGAAACCCGGAUUCCGGUUAAAUACCUUUACUUGCAAGAAUAUU